UUGAGGGACGACCCUGGGUCCUCCCGAGCCCUGGGGAUGGUUCUAAUGAGAUGAGGCCCCGGCCUUGCUCAGAGUCAUCCUGCUCCUUGGGGGUCCACGUGUGGCCCCUUGGGGGGGUCUGCCUGGACUGGGCUGUGCAGGAGAGGCCGCGUGGAGCACCCAGGCCGGCUGCUCAGGAUCCCCGGAAGCAUCGAGAACCUCCCCUGUGAGCUGCAGAGGAACUUCCAGCUGAUGCGGGAGCUGGACCAGAGGACAGAAGAUAAGAAGGCAGAGAUUGACAUCCUGGCUGCAGAGUACAUCUCCACAGUGAAGACGCUGUCUGCCGACCAGCGUGUCGCGCACCUGCAGAAGAUCCAGAGUGCCUACAGCAAGUGCAAGGAGUACAGCGACGACAAGGUGCAGCUGGCCAUGCAGACCUAUGAGAUGGUGGACAAGCACAUCCGACGGCUGGACGCGGACCUGGCACGCUUUGAAGCAGACCUGAAGGACAAGAUGGAGGGCAGCGACUUCGAGAGCUCUGCGGGACGGGGGUUAAAAAAAGGUCGGGGUCAGAAAGAAAAGAGAGGCUCCCGGGGCCGUGGCAGGAGGACCUCGGAAGAAGACACUCCCAAGAAGAAGAAGCACAAAGGAGGAUCCGAGUUUGCUGACACCAUCCUGUCUGUGCACCCCUCCGACGUGCUGGACAUGCCUGUGGACCCGAAUGAGCCCACGUACUGCUUGUGCCAUCAGGUGUCCUACGGGGAGAUGAUUGGCUGCGACAACCCGGAUUGUCCGAUUGAGUGGUUCCACUUCGCCUGCGUGGAUCUCACCACGAAGCCCAAGGGCAAAUGGUUUUGUCCACGGUGCGUUCAGGAGAAGAGGAAGAAGAAGUGAGGGAGAGGCUGUGGUCUGGCAGUGGAUGGAAGAGAAGUUGAUAUAUCCUUCACUCAUGUUGCAAUAUUUUCUUUCAUUUUAAAGCUACCUUGUUCCCACUGAUACUUUAGUAACUCAGCUGGCCAGUUGUGGUUCUGGAUCCUUCCAAAUGCAAACAAGAAAGCGCCACCUGUAUACACAGAGGAGCAGUCUUACAGGGCCUGCCGUGCGACUGGAAUCUCUUGACUUUUUAUACAGACUUGCCCAGCACUGAGCACGGUGGUCUCUGAAUGGGACCCGAGGGGACUCGGGUGUGUGAGAGCCAGGGCUGCCAGGCAGGGUGUGUGGUGCAGGUGGGCGGGGCGGGGUGGGGUGGGGUGGGUGGGCGGGGUGGACACGUCCUAGCCACCUAGGACUGUUCUCACAGCAAGGGGCCACGGUAAGCACACCUGUCCAUCAGCUGUGUGGGGUGCAGUGCAGUGGUGGCUGGGUUGCCCUCCGUGCUGUGUUCUGACCCUGACAUGGGUGACCCGGACUCUUGCUGAGGACACUGCUGACAAGCCUGGGAGAGGUCCCUCUGCCUCACCGUGCACUGCCUCAGCUGGGAUGGACCUUCUGGAACGAUCGUCUCUGACCACCAGGCUGAGGGCCACCAUGACCAGCACUGACUAGAGGUGGCCAAACAGUGGGGCUGGCGUUCGUUUCUCUGGAAAUUCCUGAUGUUUUUACUGUGAAGAUGAAAUUAUUGUUCUAGCAUGAAGAUCGUGGGGUGUGUGUCUGUGAAGUGAGCCUGUUGCUAGAUGAGCUAUGUCCAAGGGGACUACAAUGAUGUGACUUGAUUGUGAAGCUCUUGUGCCACAGUAGCAGUUCUAGAGUGAAGCUAGGAAACCAGUGUACUUUUGUUUAGUCAGCAUUCACCAAACCGGAAGUUGAGCCGUCUUUUUGGUUGUCAUUGGGGUAAAUGCAUCCACUUGGCCUGUUGAGAUGCACGUGUGGCCCAGGGGAAUCCCAAGGAUGGGGGGAGCAGUGUCUGCUGCACAGAGCGGGCCCGGGAGGUGGGGCUGAGGUGUGGAGUUCCUGUUUCUCAGGAGGAGGCAGUUUGUUCUCCCAUUUCCUAACCUUUGACCUGGAAGGGAAAGUAUACAGAGAGGAUCUUGGGAGGCUGUGCUCCCCAGCGGUGCCCCUUCCCACAAGGGGAUGUGAGCUCAGUGCCUGCUCAGGGCCAGGAGGAUGGUUCUGGUGCCUGACCUUUGCAGGAAGCCACUGGGCCUCAGGUGCCUGCAGGUGGGGUGGCUGCUGGCACGGGCCCCUCCCCAGGCAUCAAUACCGAGCACCGGAGAGGCAUAGGACCCCCAGGAAGGAGCAUCUGCCCAGCUCCUCCUGUAGCCUCGCAUGGUCCUCGUCUCAGCCAGGCCUGGAGCCCAGGGAGGUGUUUUUAUUUAAUCACUGAGCUUUUUAUUAGCAUAGAAAUGUAAAGAUGGCGAGGAGUGAGUUGAGGAAGCCUUUCCUGCCUCCAUCUUUGGUGGUGUUUCAUGGAGGGGUGGGUAAGUACAGGGCAUUUGUAAGGAGGCGAUGCCGGGGGAUACUUUAGCUGCUAAGCUUCUGUAAUGUUUGCGCGUCACCUUUGAACACUGCAUACCUAUUUCACCACUGGAGAGAAAGGGUGUGUGUGGGUGAGGCUUCCCCAGGAGGGUGACUGGCCCCUGCGCCUGCAGCUGUUCUCGCACACGACGGUGCCACCAGCCACCAUCCUGCUUGUGACUUUUUUAAGUUUCUGUGUUCAUCUGUUUUAGUGUUUACUUUGCAGUUAGAAUAACGUCGCCACGAUCCCCUGCACGGAGUGUGGGUAGAGACUUUCCUGGCGGUCAGUGCUGCCAGCCCAUGGGGAGACACUCAGGAAUGGCUGUCUGGGUGGAGAGCACCUCAUGCCACGGCCGGCUCCGCUGCCCUGGGAGCACAGGAGCCCCGCUGCUCAUGCCGUCUAAGUGAGCAUCCUCCCCACGGCCUGCCGCCUUUGUCCCUGCGUGACCUGGGCGUGGUCUUGGGACAGACCCCCCUCAGCCCUUCCCAGACCUGUCUCCUGUGUGAGGGGUCCCUCUGCUGGCUGUGGGCUUUACCUGGAAGGGAAGAGGCGCAGCUCUGUCUUCAGUGCCGCGCGGUCAGUGAGUAGUCUGAAAAGCCUCCAGGUGCUAUGUUAGAAAAAAAUGGUAAGCCCAGCCCCGGAAUCUGAGCCUGGGAGACUGUCCACACAGCGGCUGGCUGUCCCUCCCCAUGUAGGUGCCAGGCCACAGGGUUCAGUGUCUUCCAGUCUGCCUGGGGCUUCCCUAGAAGCAGCCCUGUGGACCAAUGACUGCCAGAGGGUUUGCUGGGCUUGGGGGGGGGGCAGCAGCCAGUUGUGUCUCAGGCCCGUUCCAGGCAGCCACACCACACUUUGCUUCCUGGCCUCUCCCCAGUAGCCGUUGGCAGGGGCUGCUUGAGCAGUGACGCCGUCUAGGGAGCGGCGCCUGCACGGCCGUGGAGCCGAGGGGCUGCUGCAUCUGAGGCUCGGGGCUCAGUCUUCAUGGGAUCAGUGCCAGGAGGGAUGUACACGGUGGGUGUCAGGUCUCUGGGCCUUCCUGCGUUUCUAGUGACCAGGGCCGGUCUUCGUUACCUGGGAAGUCUGAGGACAGCGUCCCCUGUGGAGAGAGGUCUGGGGAGUCCCUACCCUCAAGUCAUCCAAAAAGACGAUGCAGCUGCGACAUGAAUGUUACCUUUUAUUUUCAAGGAAUUGUUACCUGUGUUCCCUUUGUAAAGGAAAGAUAAUAUUGUAAAUCUUUUUAUUAAAUAAUGUAAAGAUGUAUAUCUGUAUUUUUGGAUCAUGUUAUAGAUUAUGGAUAUAUUGUUUAAUAAAUAAAGUAUUUUUUGGAACAAA